GGCCUGCCGGCGGCUCGCGUGGGGGGUGGACUGGUCUGGCCGGCAUGAUCCGGGCUGGUCGCCUGUGCCGGGGCUUGGGGCGCCCCCGCCCCCGCCCGCUGCCCGACCCCGCCGGGGGCUCCGCGCCACGGUCCCGCCAGCUCCGCACCGCCCCCCCCCAGCGCCGGGACCUCUUCAAAGACCUGGAGAAGGAGGUAGUGAAGUUCCAGAAGAAGUUAAAAGAGAGCCUCCCGGGCAGUGAUUGGGACCCCUUGGGUACCACAAAGGGUCUCCCUCCUGAGCGCGCAGAUGUGGUCAUCGUGGGGGGAGGGGUGAUGGGCUGGUCCGUCGCCUACUGGCUGAAGGCGCUAGAGCCCCGGAGAGAUGCACUCCGAGUGGUUGUGAUUGAGAAGGACCCAAUGUACUCGCAAGCCUCCACAGUGCUCUCUGCAGGAGGGAUUCGGCAGCAGUUCUCCUUGCCAGAAAACAUCCAGAUGUCCCUCUACUCAGCGUUCUUCCUGCGCACGAUCAACGAGCAUUUGGGGGUUGUGAACGAGCCGCCCAUAGAUAUUCAGUUUAACCCCUCGGGAUACCUCUUCCUGGCCUCGGAGCAAGGAGCUGCCAUGUUGGAGGAGAACGUGCACGUUCAGAGGGCCGAAGGAGCUGAGGUCUGCCUUCUGUCACCAGCACAACUGAAGAAGAAGUAUCCGUGGAUAAAUACCGAUGAUGUGGCUCUGGCAUCCUAUGGCCUAGAAAAUGAGGGUUGGUUUGAUCCUUGGUCCCUCCUCACUGCCUUCAGGAGAAAAGCAAUGUCCAUGGGUGUCUGUCAGUGCUUCGGAGAAGUGACGUCCUUUACCGUCUCCUCCCGAGAAAUAAUGACGCCUGAGGGGGAGCUGACCUUCUCCCGCAUUAAUUAUGUCCGCGUCCACAUGCCCAACAGUUUGGAGUAUCAGCCCGUGGAGUGCUCCCUGGUGGUCAAUGCAGCUGGCCCCUGGUCACGGAAGCUGGCCGAGAUGGCCGGUGUUGGGAUCGGGCCACCCGACACCCAAGAAGGGAUCAAGCUACCCGUGAAGCCCAAGAAAAGGUAUAUCUUUGUGUGGCACUGCCCCGAUGGGCCUGGCCUGGACUGUCCCAUGCUGGUUGACACCACGCGGGCUUAUUUCCGCCGGGAAGGCGUGGGAGGCAACUACUUGGGAGGCCUCAGCCCGCCAGAGGAGGAAGAGCCAGACAUCCAAGACCUGGAAGUCGAUCACAAUUUCUUCCAGGAGAAGAUCUGGCCCCAUCUGGCCCAUCGGGUGCCAGUGUUCGAGUCCCUGAAGGUGAAGAGUGCCUGGGCUGGCUACUAUGACUACAACACGUUUGACCAGAACGCCGUGCUGGGCCCUCACCCGCUGGUGGAGAACAUGCUCUUCAUCACGGGGUUCAGCGGGCACGGGCUGCAGCUGUCGCCAGCGGCAGGCAGGGCUGUGGCCGAGCUCAUUCUGGAAGGCAAGUUCACGACCAUCAACAUGGAGAAGUUCUCCUUCAACAGGUUCGUCUCUGGGGAGCAGGUCCUCGAGAGGAACAUUAUCUGAGAGCUUGGAACGAACCAGCCAGUUAGUGGGUCCCACCUCCUCUCCUCCCCAGAGCCGUAACACUCUGUCUGCUCCCAGGAGCAUCUCGGAGCUCUGCAGCCUGACAGCCAGCUUGUUAGUUCAGGAUCCUGAUGUGGAAACUGAGGUACGGAGAGAAGUGACUUGCCAUAGGCCAUGUCGUGUGUUGGUGUCUUAGCUGGGAAUAGAAUCCAGGCCCCUGCUCUACUCACUGGACAACGCUGCCUCUUGGAGCUGUUGGUUUUAGCUCCUGAAUCCCUCUCUCCCCUCCUCCCAGCUGUUGGCCCAAUCACACCAUUAGCUGCAGGAGAAAACACGUGCUCCUGCUCAGUGAUGGAGAUUGCAGCACCAGGCUAGCAGCAGCCUGUACUCAGACACCCUUUCUACCUGCCUGGUGUCCCGGACAUCUCUCGAGGUCUCUGGUGCUGGCUCAUCCGGCCCAGAGAUUGACAGCAUCUGCAUAUCCCACAAACCAUAUACAGACCUCUGAUAAUUGCUGUGUCCAGCUACUGCUAAUAUGGGCCAGAUUCGGCCUGGUGAUAUGAAGUAAAAGGCCCCACAUCCCACUUCACCCCUUGGAGCCAUUCACUCCCCGAUCCCGUAGCAGAAACAGGCUCUCUCUCCAUCAGAGCCUGUGACAUCUACCUGUUCCCUGUGCCUAACCUCUCCAGGCUCCAAAAGGCACCAGCUCUCUUCUAGGCUCUGCUUAUGCUGGGAACAGAAAUUAACUGAUUGGUUCCGCAGCCUAUUGUCUUCCAACUCCUGCAUGUACGGUGAAGUCCUUAACAGCUGGGUGACUAAGAACAUCCAUGUUAGAGGCUCUUCUUAUGGACCCAUGGAUCUUAGACUGCUUUAUCUUAAUCCCACCCUCCUGUUUCUUUGAGGCCUCAUUUUUCUGAUCAAAUUCCGAUUUGGCUAAUCAUUCUGCCUACCUUCAUAGCCCUUCCAGUGCCCCUUUUCUACAGUUGUCUUCACUUCUGAUCCCAAACUAUUGUAUGCUGUUAUAUGGAUGUCACAUUCCAGCCCAGAGGUGGCUGCAUUCCAGCAUUACUUAAAAUGGUCCCUGUGUGUAGAAUUUUAAUUCCCCCCCGCCCCCCGGGGGUUGCAAAAUGCUUUGGUGCCCUUUGGACUGAAGGCACUAGAGGAACGGAAGUUCAUUGGCACUGCUGGUCUUGGAGGAGGUGGAAAACAAACCUCCCACCACAGCAUGUGUCUUUACAGCCAGUGUCUUGUUAUUGGCUGUAGCGAUCCUCCCCUGAGCGCCCUCAGGAGCAUGCCAUAGCAGCGCCCAGAUUCACAGAGCAUUAACUUCCCAAAGUGUUCUGAGAUUCUUGACUGUAAGGUGCCAAGAGGAGCAAAAACUCACGAAUCCCUGCGAGGAGCUGGACCACUAAUUGCUCAUUCUUCCUGUUGUACGUGGAGCACUGGCCAAGGCAGGAGGAUAGUGCUGCUCCUCAGCCAGGGACUGACUGGAUUACUCCUGGGGGAAUUCUGUGCCACUGCGCAUAUGCAGAAUUUGUCUCCCGCAGAUUUCUUUGCUUCCCCGCAGAAAAAUGACUUUCUGACAGGGAAGCAAAGGGAAGCCACAAGAGCAGUCAUAGGACCCCCCCCUCCUCCCCCCAGCUGUAUGUUUCAGGUGCCCAGGGCAGCUGGCAGAGAGGUACAUCACUGGGGCAGGAGGCGAGAUGGGAAGACCCAGCUGGUGGCUCCUACCCUGUGCCUGGCUCAGCUGCUAGUCCCGGCUGGGCUGGGGAGAACGGGACUUCCUCUUCCCCUGCACAGCAUCCGAGGCCAGGUCAGACCCAUCCCCAGCUUUCUCCCCUGGCUGUAGGAAAGUCUCCAAACUGCCCCCUCACCCCACACUCUUCCUUCACCUAUGGCUCCUGAGCUGCAAGGGGAGGGAUCACUGUACCGGAAGCUGCUCCCCAAUCUGCCCAGACCCCCUCAUACCCAGACCUUCUGGCCAAGCCUCACUCCCCCAUGCUCAGAACCCCUCUCCCCCUGACGACAAACCCCACUCCCUGCACCUGGACCAUCCUGACAAGUCACCCACACCUGGAUUCCCCACCACACUGAGCACCACUCCCUCAGCAUCUGGACACCCCCCCACACUAAGCUCCCCACACCCAGACCACCACCCCUGCUGAGCCCCAACCACCUUCACCUGGACCCCCUUGCAGCGUCCCAUUACCUUUGCAUCCAGAACCCCCCAACAAGCCCCUGUGCAUCCAGAUCCCUGCACUUGGAUCUCCCACUGAGCUGCCCCCACCCAGAUUGCCCCACCCAGAGCCCUCUCAACUCACACCUAGAUUUCCCACACACACCCACUUGGAUCCUCCUGUCUUUCUGAGCCUGCCUCCCACACUUGGUGCACCUGGCACAGAGGGGCAGGGCCCUGGGGUGUUUCUGGGGUAGGCCAGUCCUUGCCCUGUCUCAAGGUUGGGUGUAGCCUCACUGCUGAGUCCAUGUCCUGGGGGGAGCUGCACAGUGAUCUCCCACCUCUGUGCAGCUAGGGGCCUAUGCUCCCCAAUACCAUGCUCGAGCUACCACAUUAAUUUGACAAAUAAAAUUUGCCAAAUUUUGCAGAAUUUUUAACUUUUUGGUGCAGAAUUUUUUAAUUUUUUUGGCGCAGAAUGCCCUCAGGAGUAACCUGUUGAUGUUACUUAGUGCUGACUCCAUUUCAGAGGAACAGAAGUGAAGUCAGGGGUCUGCAUGACCCAGAAAAGGAAUCAAAGCUAUUCCAGAGGUGACCGAUCACAGCUGGCCCAGAUGUGCAAGACACACUGCUGAUCUUCCCUGACUGGCACAGCAUGGCCUGGAUGCUUGGGCUGACUAACAGCUGAGCUGCUGCCAAACCCAGCCUGGUUUGAGAUGGGCUUUCCCUGGGACGUGGCCAUUGCUGGCAGUGGUCACCCCUGCCUGGGGCUAGGAACCAGCAGGGCCAGGCUGCUGCUGUCUAGAACGCUACCACAGCUUUGAGCCCACCCUUGCCUUAAGAGGAGUGUGAUGCCUGGGGGCCACAUUUGGGCACAGGGGGAGAAGGAGGAGUUUAGAAUGGGAAAUAGCUCCCAGCUGCUGUCCCAUCCCAAGAGUGCUGCAGUCUUCUAGGAGAUGACCCAGGAAGGCUGUGCUCCUCACCUACCUCACUGCAGGCCUGAGCUGCCUCUGUGCUGCUCCAAUUGCAUGUCAGAGAUUUGUACCAGCUCCUCACUUGUGAUCUGCACUGAAAUAAAGUGAUGAUGCAGUGUG